CAACGCUAAAAAAGUGCAUGUACAUAAAAACAGCUCAUAACUGGCAAUCUGUUGUCAUGGUUCACCUGAAAGAGCCGUUCAAAAGACUCGACUCGUUCGCGAACGUCACAUCUGGCAACCCCGCUCCCAUCCCGGCCAGGAUGGUGAUCCGCUCCAGUCCACACCAGCAGGCUGCAGGCUAACGCGCCUCCCAAGCCGCAACAAAAUGUUCUCUUUCGGCGCCGGGCGAGGAGGAGGACGAGGAGGAGGGUUGGGCGGAAUGGCGGCGACGUGUUGUUGAUGUUGACCGCCGACACACAGUGGAGUUAUGCUCUCACGAAAGAAGAGUAAAAGUGAGUCGUCGAAGCCAGCAGAAGUGCACGGCAAGUACGUGAAGAAGGAGACGUCGCCGUUACUCACAAAUCUUAUGCCCUCAUUCAUCCGCCAUGGACCCACCAUGCACCGACGCACCGACGUGCCCCUACCCGACAUGGGACCCGCUGUCUACCCCAUGGCCACCAGCCGUGAGCCCAUGGUGUCCCGCAACAAGAGCUUCCUACGCCCCCCCGUGCAGCGGCCCCCUCACGAGGUGGCCCGCCGCGAGAGCCACCGCUUGUCGGCGCCCCCUUACCUGCCCCGCAGCUUGGGCGAGUUGCCCCACGAGUACGGCGGCUCGUCGCAGUCCUUCCUCACCGACGUGAGCCCCAUGUCGGAGAACGGAGACACCGGCCGCUACUACUACCCCUCGGAAGCGUCGUACUACGACGGGCCGCAGCAGCAGCAGCCGAGGAGGCUCCCGGAGCGCUUCCCUGACGACUAUCGCUACUACGAGCUCAGCGAACACAACUUCCAAAGACUUCCACGGCAGCACACGCCCCCUGCUUCCAGCAGACCACCCUCAGGCAUAGGUCGAAUACAGGCCAAGUCCCUGGGGAACCUCUCCAAUCUGACGGCGGAUGACAUGCCUCUCCCCGGCGGCUGGACUGUGGACUGGACCAUCCGCGGCAGGAAGUACUACAUCGACCACAACACCAACACUACGCACUGGAGCCACCCUCUGGAGAGGGAGGGGCUCCCACCAGGCUGGGAGAAGGUUGAGUCAGCCGAGUUCGGGGUCUAUUACGUGGAUCACAUCAACAAGAGGGCGCAGUACCGGCACCCCUGCGCUCCCAGCGUUCCUCGCUACGACCAGCCGCCGCCUCUACCGCCUCCAGUCGCCUAUCAGCCGCGGCCUGCUGAGAGGAACCAGCCGGUGCUGGUGCCAGCCAACCCGUACCACACCGCCGAGAUCCCGGACUGGCUGCAGGUUUACGCCCGCGCCCCCCUCAAGUACGACCACAUCCUGAAGUGGGAGCUCUUCCAGCUGGCCGACCUGGACACGUACCAGGGCAUGCUGAAGCUGCUCUUCAUGAAGGAGCUGGAGCACAGCGUCAAGUCCUACGAGGCGUACCGCCAGGCGCUGCUCUCCGAGGUGGAGGCCCGCAAGCAGCGGCAGCAGUGGUACGCCCAGCAGCCCAACAACAACAACUUCAUGUGACCCCGCCCCCAGGGGCCUCCCGACCAAACACAAGUGUGCCUUGGCUUGAUCCAAAUAUAGCAGACAGGAAGACGCACGCUGGCUUUAUGAACGACUGAAAACUCUCCCAUGAAGAAGCCAGAGUGUAGACGUCUCUUAUAGUGAACCCAAAGCAACAUUUUGUAUUAUUUUCAUAAAGUUAAUGCUGUUUUUUAUUAUCUCAGAAGACCAGCGUCAUUCCUCUCCCGUGUGAGAGGACGACUUGGCAGCUUUCUCUCAUCCCUGGCCUGUUUUCUGCUUCUGACGCAAACAUGGCCUCCGUUCCUGUUGCGUCCUUUUCAGACAAUCCACCAGGAUGAUAACGUAAGUGUCCAGAAGCAAGGCGUCUUUAUCCCAUUCAAGUAUUUGCCUCGCUAAUAAGAAGCUACUGGAAGCUCUUUGGAAUCACUUUGCAAGGAUUUUGUUUCAAAAGACGCUAACACCUCCUUUUCGCAGAUGUCUCAGAAGCCAUACAAAAAAAAAAAAUGCUGGUUGUCGCUAUCAGCAAGAAGAAUAAGAAAUAUUUUAAUAUAUUAUUACAAUAUGGAAACAUGUAUGCAGGUUCAGCCGGUUCUCAGCAGGAUUUAGUAGGGUUUUGUUCAAAAGAUCAUUUAGUUGGAGGUCAGAGCGACACAGAGAUCUUGCAAAAAGCCGUUCAAACAGGAAGUAAACAAACUUUGCAAUAUAAGGCAGGGCGUUCAAUCAGGAAGUAAAAAAAACUCUCCAAUAUACUGCAGGAUAUGUAAACUGGAAGUACUCAAACUAUCCAAUAUAAUGCAGGAUGUUCAAACAAGUAAACAAAAAGUAACAAAAGUAGUAAACAAACUUUGCAACAUAAGGCGCAACGUUCAAUCAGGUAGUAAACAAACUUUGCAACAUAAGGCAGGGCGUUCAAUCAGGAAGUAAACAAACUGUCCAAUAUACUGCAGGAUGUGUAAACUGGAAGUAAUUAAACUAUCCAAUAUAAUGCAGGAUGUUCAAACAAGUAAACAAAAAGUAACAAAAGAAGUAAACAAACUUUGCAAUAUAAGGCAGGGCGUUCAAACAGGAAGUAAACAAACUUUGCAACAUAAGGCAGGGCGUUCAAUCAGGAAGUAAACAAACUUUCCAAUAUACUGCAGGAUGUGUAAACUGGAAGUAAUUAAACUAUCCAAUAUAAUUGCAGGAUGUUCAAACAGGAAGUAAACACAACUAUCAAAUAUAAGGCAGGUUGUCCUAACAGCAAGUAAACAAACUACCCAAUAAAAAGCAUGACGUAUGAACAGGAAGUAAACUAUCCAAUAUUAGAAAGGGUGUAUAAACAGGAAGUAAACAAACUGUCCGAUAUAAUGCAGGAUGUUCAAACAGGAAGUAAACAAACUGUCCGAUAUAAUGCAGGAUGUUCAAACAGGAAGUAAACAAACUGUCCGAUAUAAUGCAGGAUGUUCAAACGGGAAGUAAACCAAUUAUCCAAUAUAAGGCAGUAUGUUGAAAGAGGAAGUAAACAAACUAUCCUAUCUAAGGCAGGAAGUUCAAACAAGAAGUAAAAAAAACUAUCAAAUAUAAGGCAGUGUGUUCUAACAGCAAGUAAACAAACUAUCCAAUAUAAAGCAGAAUGUUCAAACAGGAAGUAAACAAACUAUCCAAUAAAAGGCAGGAUGUUCAAACAGGAAGUAAACAAACUAUCCAAUAUAAGGCAGGAUGUUCAAACAGGAAGUAAACAAACUAUCCAAUAAAAGGCAGGAUGUUCAAACAGGAAGUAAACAAACUAUCCAAUAUAAAGCAGAAUGUUCACACAGGAAGUAAACAAACUAUCCAAUAUAAGGCAGGAUAUUCAAACAGGAAGUAAACUAUCCAAUAAAAGGCAGGAUGUUCAAACAGGAAGUAAACAAACUAUCCAAUAAAAGGCAGGAUGUUCAAACAGGAAGUAAACAAACUAUCCAAUAUAAGGCAGGAUAUUCAAACAGGAAGUAAACUAUCCAAUAAAAGGCAGGAUGUUCAAACAGGAAGUAAACAAACUAUCCAAAAAAAGGCAGGAUGUUGAAACGGGAAGUAAACAAACUAUCCAAUAAAAGGCAGUAUGUUCAAACAGGAAGUAAACAAACUAUCCAAUACAAGGCAGGAUGUUCAAACAGGAAGUAAACAAACUAUCCAAUAAAAGGCAGGACAUUCAAACAGGAAGUAAACAAACUAUCUAAUAAAAGGCAGCAUGUUCAAACAGGAAGUAAACAAACUAUCCAAUAUGGUGUUCUAACAACAA